UUCAGCAUAUACCUUGAUGCAAAUUUUGGGGAGAACAACCUGAGUGUAAGCCUAAUCCUCAUUUGCAUUGUGUCAUAUCCUUGCUUUUGGGAGAUUGACACAUGCAAUUUUCUUAUAUGCAAGGUAUAGUUUUCUUUGUUUAAUUCAAGUCCUCUGUCUCCUACAAGUCCUUACAUCAAAACAAGGCCUCAAAAAUAAGUUCUCAAUAGAGUUACAUUUGGACAAAUCAAGUCAACAUAAGCAAUCGCCUGUGGCAGUCCUCUAUAUCUUUCAAUACUGGCUGAGCUCCCUGGGCUGAGUGAUGUCACCAGUACCCACCCUAGAAUUCAGAGGUCUUUGUUGUGAUUUGAAUCAUAACAGUCCAGCUGCCAUACUGCAUACCAGGCAGGACAGUGCUUAGGAGCCGCGAGCGUCUCCUGUGACUCGGUGUCUUCGAAUUUUCCUACUCAGUAUUUUCUUGAUACCAUCAACUAUCUGACAGUAGAGUUACUGGUAGAAAGCUUAGCUUUUUUGAGUAACUCUUUAAAGAGUUGAACCAUGGAGCAGAGAGAGAAAAGGAAACAUCUGGAGCGUGAAUACAGUUCUCCAGCUGUAAAGAAAUCAAGAGAUUUAUGUGAGGGGGAGUCACCACCUGGGAGCGUUUUGGAUGACAAGAUCCUGGUCCAAGAGGAAGAAGAUCCAUUGGGCAAGUUGCAGUGCUACACCCAUGACUCCAGUGUGUGCAUGCCCUCUGAUGCUGAGUUGCAGCUGCUUCAACAAGAUGUGCCUGAGCCAUGUGAGGUCGUGGAGAUUGAAACAUGCAUCCAGGCAUCAGGAGAGAGUGAUUCCAGAUCAGAAUCAGUCUAUUCUUCAAGCACAUCCAGAAAUUCUAAUGAAGAAGAAAUGCAUCAAAGCCAGAAGGAAGAUCUUGGUGUUAGACACUCUGACAGGCCUUUACCCCAGGAUGUGGAACAGAAGAGCUCCACCACCUGGAAUGAUAUAUGCUUCCAUGUGCACUUAGCCAAUGAGCCCUGCUCAGAUGAAUUACAUAUGAGAAAGGAGCGGGCCAUGAAAAUAUAUUAUAUGUAUGUUAAAAGGCAGAGAGAGGCCAACACUGUAUAUAACACACAGGAAGGCAUUUUGCCUCCCAAGAAGAGCGCAAGAGUGCAAGAAUUGAGCUGCAUUGGGAAAGUCCCUUUGGAGGUCAGCUGUACUUCUGUGCUUACAGAAGAUAUGAUCAUCAACAAUGAGGCCAGCUGUGGCACAGUAGAUGAAGAUGAUUUUGAGGCUGAGGUUCCAGCAGAGAUUCUAGCCCUGGAGGACAGGCCCAGGAUGAAGACACCUGAGUGGCUCUUGUGGCCAGAAAGUGGCUUUAAAUGCAUGGCCUGCUGCCGAGUGUUCCCCAGCCUGGACAUCCUGGAGGAACACGUGAAGAAUGGAGUCAAGGAGGGCUUCAGUUGCUGCAUUUUUCACCUGGCAUUUGCCUGGAUGAAAUCAAAAGAAUCGUAAACAAGAAGAAGGCAAAGAAAAGGAGAACGCAGAAAAAUCAGGCAGAGUACACCUAUGUAUGGAAGGUAGAAAUGUUUUGACAUGAGGAAAACAUCAAGCAAAUAAGCAAAGUGCUUUCAGGCCAUGAGAAAGAGGACAGGCAGCAGUCUCACUGGGCUGACAUAGCUGCAUCCAUUCCAAGCAGCUGCAAGACCUGCUUUUUGCACAA